GUUCUUAUAUUCGUCGCAAUACAAAUAUCAUUAACUUUGUUUGCUCUAAUGAUCUCUUCAAUAAUUGCGACGAAAUUUCCAUACAGCGAUCGAUUGAUACAGCCCAUUAUUGCUGGUUCAUUGCUUUUAAUUGCACUUGUGGUUGUCUUAUUGAUUGCCGUCGUGAAGAAGAUAGAUGAGAAUUAUUUUUUGAAUAUCGCGCUUGUAGUUGCUUACUCUGUUUGCAUGGCGACAACAUUAGGAGUUUUGACGACACAGUUAAAUACUCAAGUCAAACUUUUAGUUUUUGGAAUCAGUUUGUUGUUAUUCACAUGUGCAUCAUUGUUUGGCGCAGCAAUUAAAGCAGAUUUAUUCGAUCACUUAAUUAUUAUUCUAAUAUUACUUUUGAUUAUAUCUAUUGUAAUUGUGAUAGUGGCGGUUGUACUUAGUGUUUUGAAUCAAUCCAAGUAUGGAGCGAUCGGCGUUUACAUAGGCGCACAAAUAUCAUUGUUCAUUGUGAGUUAAACUGAUACACAUUUUUAUGGAUAAAUGAUCACUCUGAAGUAGCAGCGAACCAUUUAUUAAAUGAAUUCAACAUUACCUUACUGAGGACUACUGAAAAUGACGUACGUAUGAUAUGGUGCGAUGUAAACAGGCAUCGAUAUUCUGAGUGAUAAGUCGUUCUGAUGAGAAACAGUGAUGACAAAAGAGUCCAAUGCUUGUCGGGUAGAGACAGAUAUCUACUUCAGACAAUGAACGGAGGGUUGCGCAACCAUUCAUGGAUAGAUGGAAUUCAGGCAUAUACAUUGUUUAAUGCCAAGUCAGUGGACGAAAAGUAAAGCGCUCACGCGCAAGUCCGAAGGUCCUGAGUUCUAAUGUCAUGCUGGUGACUGUAGAUUCACACAUCUGAGGUGUCCCAUAACUGAACAAAACCACUUUCCAGCACUAUCAGAUUUUCAAUGAUGUUUUACCAUCAAUUGCUUCAUUUGUGUAAGCCAGGUGACACUACUCUAGUGCCCAGACCGUAGCAUAUGUUUUUCUUUGCGGGCAACACUCGGAGGUUUCGACUUAAUGGUCUGAUACAAAAGGGAUUGAAGCAACGUCAAGAGAUAGAGUCACAUGGCAACCGGUGACCAACGAUUGGUUCAUAUGCCUUUUUUCCUUCAGGAUACUGUAGCCCAUGUGCACGAUUGGUUUGGAAUCAGCGUUUUCUAACUCGCCACUAACACGGUUAAGGCACCGGACGUUCGUUCUUUGUCCUCACGAUUUCGUAUACAACACCAUCAAUCAGAGAAGAUAGUGAUUAGCACUUCUCUCACAGUAAUUGUAUACGCGUGGUCAUGAAAGAUCAUUCAGAGUGAGUGAGAAAGCUGAUUCUCGCCAUCCUCGGCCAUAGAUUACGGUAUUUGAGGGCGCAAUAACUAUUAAUUUUUUGUUUUUCGAUAGUAAACUUGUAAACUGAUGUAUGGUAUUUUAUCUACCGAUUUUACAGAUAACAGUAUUUAUAAGUUAUGUA